UAAUAAUUAUAACUGACCUCUGACCUGAAUAACUUAUUAUUUUGUUAAUAGCUAGCUAGCUAGUGCUUCACAACAACACUCGAACUCACUUUCUCUCUGCCUGUUGCUAGCAACACUAGCUAGAAACAUGAGCUCAAGUAACGAGCAGCUGCUCUGGGCUAUCAAGAAUGGAGACAUCGUUGCAGUGAAGGAAGUAGCAGGAAAGUCUAGUUUCAAUGCCAAUGCUGAGCUGUUGAAUGGCAGGAAUCCGCUUCAUUACGCCUCUGAUUAUGGACAGACAGAGGUCAUAGAGUACCUGAUUGUAAUGGGUGCUGAUGUAAAUGCUCCUGACAAGCAUGGGAUCACCCCCCUACUGGCUGCUAUCUUUGAGGGUCACGCAAAUUGUGUCGAACUGCUACUCACAAAGGGUGCCAAAAAGACGGGAAAAGCUCCAGAUGGAAGCUCCUACAUUGAUGCCGCUGAAGACGAUAAGAUCAAGGCUCUCCUAAAGUAGAAGUAUAUAUAUAUCUUAGAAAACUCGUUUAUUGACAUCAUAUGCUAGAAUCCAAUAAGACAGUCUAGUUUUUUAAAUUUCUAUAUAGAUUUUUUUGUAUUUAUUGAUUCACUGUUGCAUAAAAGAGUUUAAAAAAAGUACAA